UGUGUGUGUGUGUGUGUGUUGGUUUUUGUGGUUUACAAGGACUUUUGACCUGAAUACGCACCAGCAUUACAGGGACAUUUGGGUUUAUGAGGACAGGGCCCAUGUCCUUAUAAUUCCGACAGUGUAGAUGCCUUUCUCUAUGUCCCAGAAGCUCCCUCUCAAAGUUUCGCGCCAUGUCCUAAUAUACCACAAAAAUCUGAAAUUUUACUAUACACUGUGUAUCCUCUGAGCUCGGGAGUGCGCCCCUGCAGCCCGGCCCCGGUACUGCAUCCGCGUCAUCGAAAAUUUGCAUAUUUUACACUUGUGUAAGUUUGGAGGCCGCUGAUUGGCUAGAUCGGCAUCGGAAGGCGGGGAAACAAAAUGGCGGCGGUGGGCGGGGCUACAUUCUGCCGCUAAUAGCGCCGUACAACGAGGCAAGUGUGACUGUUUGUAACUUCCUGUUUGGACCGGACACAAUCUGUGCACCUGAAGCGAAGACAUCUGUGGUGUGAAGCUGUUGGAAACAACUAUUAUAUGAAAGCAGACACAGAGGAUGGCUGAAGGUGUGAGGCGAAGGAGAAAGCUGAAGCCCGUGGAGGAGGCCAUACAGUUUUCACUUGAACAGAAAGACAAGAAUGGACUCGAGGGCAGGUUCAUCAGUCAUCUUAAAGGGAGGGGUGUGUUCAGCUGUACUGACUUUGAGAAAGGAGAUUUCCUGCUGGAAUACAGAGGAGACCUCAUCAGCAAAGAAGAAUGUGAGCGGAGGCAAAGAAUAUAUCACCAUGCACUUAAAGUUUUCAUGUUUGAGUUUCGCUACAAUGGAAAACUCCUCUGUGUCGAUGCAGCCCGAGAUGACGGUUCUCUUGGGCGGCUUGUAAACGAUGACCAUAUUAACCCAAACAGCAGGAUGAAGACGAUUCGUGUGGAUGGAAAACCUCACUUAUGUUUAUUUGCCACAAGGAGCAUCUGUCCUGGUGAAGAGAUCACAUAUGAUUAUGGUGAUUCUGAGUGGCCAUGGAGAUGCACGACUCUUAGUGUGGUUGAACCGUCCACUCUUGAAGUCAACACACUGUCCCAGUCAGAAGACACAGACGUAGAGAAGCUGAAAGUUGUCAGUGAUCAGUCAGAGUUGGACUUCAGUAUCUGUGCAGCCUCUGAAGGACUGGAAAAGGUGACUCUGAAGAAGGACCAGUUACUAUUGGAUGAUCAGGACUGUGUUGAGAAGAUGUCACCUGUCAAAGAGCAUGUGUUGAAUGAGGAGCAGAGCUUUUGUGCCCCAGUUGAAGGAGUUAAGGAGGUCUGCAGACAUGUUGUGGUCACUUCAGCAAUAUCAAGCAUGGAUAAAUGUGCUGAAUGUGUGGGACCUGUUGCAGCUCUCAAGUGGAUUGGCCUGAGAUGUAAAUUGUGCUCCAGUUUUUGGCAUAAGUCCUGCUAUCUGAAGCUCCAUGAAUGGGAUGGAAGACGGUCAUUGUGUGAAGUAAGUUCAGAGGAAGAUGAGCUGUCAGAUGAGGAUUACAUACCUCAGUCAGAGUCAGACCAUCAGUCAGACAGUUCAGAUGAGUUGACAACAAGACCAGCACGUUACGACCAAGCUAAACUCUUAGAUAUACAGGAAGCUGCGUCAUCUAAGUUUAGUGAACAUCUGAGAUCAGAUGUAACUACCCUGAAUGUGUCUAAGGGCAAAGGAAAAGGAGUCCUGAAGGUCAUGGAAGCAGCAAGUGUGUAUGAUGAGUCUGAUUUAAUGUGUCAUGAGGAGCAGUUUACUGAUUUUGAGACAGACAGUGAAUCAGACUUUCCCAGAAAGCAAGACUCAGUGGUAUGCAGGUCAACAGAUGUGCUUAUGUCAUCACCUCAAUCACACAAUAGUAAGCUUUUGAAUUCAAAAAGCACAGUAACAUUGAGAGAAGAGAGGGAACGCAGCAUGGCUGGAGGUGAUCAUUGUGUGCAGUCACCAAAAAUCUCCUGUUCAGCAAAUAGGAAGAAUUAUUGUUACAUCUGUGGGAAACCUCAGUCCAAGCUAGCGCGCCAUUUGAAAACUCAUAUGGCUGAAGUUGAAGUUGUUCAGGCUUUGUCACUCCCAGUUCACUCAAAAGAACGUAAAGCAAUGCUGCAAAAGCUCAGGAACAAGGGCAACUUUCAGCAUAACACUGACGUUUUACAGUCUGGAGAGGGGGCUCUUAAAAUAAAACGAGCACCAAAAAGAAAGUGUGAUUCAAAGCAGUUUUUGCAUUGCAUGUACUGCAAAGGGUUGUUUGUACGGAGAGAUCUGUGGCGUCAUUUAAAAAGAUGUCCCUCAAAACCAGCAGCUGACAGUGAAGAGCAAGGGAGGAGGAGAGUCUUGGGCCUGGCAUCUAUGGCAGAGUCUUCAUUCAGUCAGCACAUAUCACAAGGAGUUUGGAAACUCUUAGGUGUGAUGAAGCAGGAUGACAUUUCCGCUGUGGUCAAAAAUGACCUGAGUAUUCUUCAGCUUGCACAGUCGUUUUUUAACAAACAUGGUCAUGACCCUACCAAAUUUGAGUAUAUUCGACAAAAACUCCGUGAAGUUGGAAGAUUGUUGCUGACUUUGCGUAGACAGUUUUCUGUGUACAGUCUUGAAGAAGCUCUGAAACCUGCCAAUUUUCAUAGACUUAUUCGAGCGGUUCAAAUGGUGUCUGGCUAUGAUGAUGAGAGCCACUGCUACCAAAGCCCAAGCCUUGCCCUGAAACUGGGGCAUUCGUUGAAUAAGAUUUGUGAAAUCAUUCAGUGCCGAGCACUGAUGUCUGAAGACAAGGAAUUGAUCUCAUCAACAGAGACCUUCAAAAAGCUCUACUCCUCAAAGUGGUCUGAGAUGAUCUCACACACUGCUUUGGUGACACUGAAUGAGGCCAAAUUUAACAAGCCAUCAACACUUCCCUUCACCCAGGAUGUCCAGUCUCUUCAUCAGCUCCUUGAGAAGACUGCAGAUACUGCUUUUCAGAAACUACAAGAGACUGCAUCUCCUCAAAGCUAUGCAGAACUGGCCAAAGCAACACUCACCAGAAUCAUUGUUUUCAACCGCAGACGUGCAGGAGAGGUCUCUAAAAUGCCGCUGAAGGCUUUCAAUGAAAGGGACGGCACUUCUCUCCAUGAAGAUGUAGCGAUGGGCCUGAGCAAGUUUGAGCAGAAACUCUGCAGCCAUUUCAGUCGAGUUGAGAUCAGGGGGAAGAGGGGAAGAAAGGUUGCGGUUCUUCUCUCUCCUGAUAUGGUCGAUGCCCUGAUGCUACUGGUCAGCAGGAGAGGUACAUGUGGAGUGCUAGACACUAAUACUUUCUUGUUUGCUCGGCCAAACUGCCAGAGUUACUACAGAGGCCAGGACUCUCUGAGGGUAUAUGCAAGGGAAUGUGGAGCUCAAAAUCCAGAAUUUCUCAGAUCCACUCAUCUUCGCAAGCACGUGGCUACGCUCUCUCAAAUCCUAAACCUGAAAAACAACGAGUUAGAUCAGGUUGCUGAUUUCUUAGGGCAUGACAUCCGUGUCCACCGUGACUAUUACAGACUGCCAGAAGCCACUACUCAGCUUGCUAAAAUAUCAAAGCUACUGUUAGCCAUGGAAAAGGGCUGUCUUCCUAAUCUUCAAGGCAAAUCCCUUGAUGACAUUGAGAUUGAAGAUGAGAUCAACAUGACCGAUUCUGAUGACAGUGAUCCUGAAGAAAGUGAAUCUGAUGAUGAGGCUCUUGCUGGAGCUGCGGGAAACUCCAGUAAUGCUGGUGUUCAGAAGAUGCCCAUUGAGAGCACCACUGAACUUCCUGAAGAGAGUGAGAGUGAGGCAGAAACUGAAAACCCACGGAGAGGGCAGAAGGUGUCCUGGUCAAACGCUGAAGUUACAGCUGUAAUGAAACAUUUUAAGGGCCACAUAGCUAAAGGAAAACUGGCCACACUGACUGAAUGCCAGCAGUGUAAAUCUGCUGAGGAUCCUGUUUUGAAGAAAGAAACUGAUGCAGGUCUGGAUCAAGUGGAGGGUGAGUACAUGAUGACAGUUUUCAUUCUGGAAGAAAACCAUUCCUUUACAGAUAAAUCUGUUUCUCUACACAUCUGCAACAUGUAUUGUGUGCUCAGAGAGUUAAUCUCAUGUACACUGUGUGUUUAGUGAGGUACUUACAACAUGAGGAUUGCCUUUUGAUUUGAUUUAUAGUUUUUUUUUUUUUUUUUUUUUUAGUUGGUGAAUUACACUUAAUUAUUUGAUGUUUGUUUUGUGUGGCAUUCCUUUUUUUUUUUUAAGAUUACCCGUUUAAUUAAUUGGCGAAUUUGACAACAUGUUUAUUUUUAUUUCACAAAUUUAAGUCAUUAUUAAAGUACUUCUAAAACACAUUGGUGUCUGUAAUGUUGUGUAUUGUGUUAAAGAUCCUGUACUCUUUAACCACCUCAGUCUUAGUAAUGCAGCAUAGGGACAUGUCUGUGUGUUGUGUAUGGGGUCACGUACCUGUAAAACACAUUGGUCCCUGUAAUCCAGAGAAUGGACAUGUUUUGUGUAUUGUAAAACGAGUGUCCUCAUAAAUCAAUCGGACCCUAUAAAUACCAAUUAUGUAAUGGGCGGGAACAUUAUAGGAGGGGCGUGACAGUCCUUGUGUACCACCAAAAUAUCAUAUUGUCAUAUUAUCAAUUCUAUUGUGUGU